UAAUCAUACAUCAUGCAAUGCUUGAGAAAUUUGUAAACAUUACAAAUUAGAUAAGAGCAUUAAAAUGAUUUACCAGAAUUCUUAUCAAAAGAUGAAAUAAUACGGUAUUGCUGACGGUAUGAAACAUUCUAUUGUGUGAAACUGAUUCAAUAGAGGGAAAAAAUGGACCCAGAGGCUGACUAAUUGGUAAUUUUUCAUCAUCAAUCAAUUAAUCAAUUAUUUAUCAGCAGUCAUUUCUGUAAAAUAUUAUGGAGGAAGAUAAAAUUGAUUUGUAAAAUUACAACUACUUUUAAUUAGAUAUAAGAUGAUUUUACAAUAUAUUGACGUAUUAGUCAUUGAUUAUAGACAAGAAUAGAACUUGUCUAAUUGUGCUGGCGGAAUUGAGGACACAUUAAAUGGAUUCUCAAAAGAAAUGUUCGACAAAUGCUGCUGUUUUCGAAAAAAAUCCCAUUUCCUGUGAAGAGGAAUCCAGAGAAACACAAAUAACAGAGAUUACGGGCAGUGUUGAAGCUCAAGGCGAUUCCUCUUCCAACAAAUGUGACAACAUUAAAUUGGAUCCCCUUGAGAACUGGAGACAAUGGAAUGAUGAGAGGAUAAAGCUCAGCAAACAUUUGGCCUGGUCUCUCGACAAGAAGCCAGAUAGUUUAAUAAUGGUGAAAGUUGACAACAAACAUUUCAACUCCACCAACAGCGAGCUGAUUGACAAAGCUGAAAAAUAUGUGACAUUUGAUAAGAGUCGUGGUGAUCCAAAGUUCUGGACUACUCCGAAUUACAUAUACGAUAAGAAAACUCGAUUGCCUGUUAACUGUUCAGCGAGCGAACAUUUCGAUCGAACUCAGCCUUUAUCCAACUCACCACCAACCAUGCAAUACGUGAAAGUUCCACCGGAAAUUGAAAUUGAAAUGGGAUCUGGUGAGUUUAGAAGUAUGAAAAGUAACAAGUUCCAUCAAUGCGACUACUUGAACGAAAGGAGACGCGAGCUGAAGGCGAAUAUAGAUCUAAUUGAAGAGUUCAAGCCAAACUUGGAUGAGCUUUUUAUCAGAGGACAUGCCAUUAAGCCACCAAGUGAGCAACUGAAAGAGAAAGAUUCCACAGCUAAAGGGCCACUUAUCGUCAUCGAAGACUUCAAUUCAAAUAGAGAUGAAUGCAGCAAGAUUUGGAAACUUAAGAGAAAUGUAUCCGGAUAUAAAUUAAAGAAGCGUUGUAGACCUGGAAUGAAACAUAAAAAGAAAGUGAAAAUCAACGAUUGUUUGAUUGUUAUUAGCAUUGACGGACUGACGUAUGAUUCGAGUAAGAAAACACCUCUCUCGCGACAACCUUUACAUAAUGAAAUACUAUUGUCUGGUUGUUGGACGAACGAGCUGAAUAAAAAAGAAAUACAUCUUGAAAAUUCGGGGUGCAUCACUAUUAGAUAUUGGUUCACAAAUAAUUCUCCUCUAAAUGAUCCCAACCAUUUCUGCUGUAUGAAUCCAAGUUCUAGAUCUUUCAACAGAUUCUAUUUCCCAACCAAUAGAUUUGUUCUCUCUCCAGGACAAAAAGCUGCAAUCCCGUUCUACUUCUUCACGAGAGAACCGGGUGUUUACAAGGAGAUAUGGGAGUUGCGGAGCAUUCCAAAGUUAUUCGCACAUCAAACUGUUCAUAUCAAUUUGGUGGGAUCUGCAGUGCAACGCAGUAAGAGCUCCGUAUAUUUGAGUCACAUCGAAAAGCAUGUCGGCAGCUCUCAGAAAAAAGAGCAGUCGCUCCCAACAGUUGUGCAGGAAAUGACUUCUGAAACAAUGUGUGCUGAACUGUAUAGCGAUUAUCGUAGAUUGUUCAACGAAGAGGAAAUAUUCGUUUCCAAAAAUCGAGAACAAAUCUAUCGUAAAAGCUUAAUGAAAAUCUUACAAGGAGUGAGCAAACAGGCAACUGGGAGAACUUGGAGUCAUUCUAUAAACACUCUGAGGAGCGAUAUUCUAGAUUCCACACUUGCACUUGAAGAGAAAAGAACUCUUCUUGAUACUCUAUCGCAUGCUUUGAAAGACCGAGAAAGUCUCACAAAAAUUCCAUUAAAUUGUUUGAAUGAGCGAUACAAUGCUGUUUAUCAAAUCCUGUGUUGUGCUUUGAAUCAUAUUGAAGAGGAUUCUGAAGAUAUCAGAGCAACAUUGAAAAUCAACUAUUCAUCCAGGAGAGAUUCAGAAAUUAAUUGCUCGAUUAAACUGUCAGACUCAACUGGUCAGUCAACACUAAAAACUUUGGACAGUUCUGGAUAUCAUCCAGGAUCUAACAAGUCACAGAGCAUCUUAUCUCAGAGGAUUGAGCCAAGCAGUUCAAAUGAACAGAAUAAUGUUGAGGGUCAAAUUCCAUCCGUUCAAUUGGAAACAUUUAGAGAUCACAAAUUCAAAACUAUGAUUCGUAACAAAACUUACCAACGACUCUGUACUGCUGCUAGUGAAAUUGAAAACUUGAUGAUUUCUUAUGAUUUGAUUAGAAAUAAGGAACUACCGAAGACCGGAGCAGCAAGGAAAUGAGUUAACGAUUCAGAAAAAGAUUUUACCAGAAAUGAGUUUAUUGGUUGCUGUUAUAACAAUGUAUGAAAUGAUUCUAAUCUGAGCUGUUACUCCUUCCUUUGAAAUUGAACAUUGACUUCCAUAAUCAUUCACUGUAUUUAUUUUGUUUUUACACAUUUUAUUUCUAUUUUAUCUUCAUUUGUUGUUGUUUAUGGCAAAAGUAUAAAAUGUGGAUGGCCUUAGUAAAUGCAUCAUGAAUAAUG